UUAAAAAGCCGACCUUUGCCUCCGGCGAUGGCAGCCAUGGCGAACCAGCAUCAGCCGCAGCAGCAUCCUGUGGCCGUAAACGAAGAUGAAUUCUUCGAGCACAUAUUCUCCAUGCCGACGUCCUACGCCUCUGUCGUGGAGGCCGGAGCACCACUCCAUCGGAGUUCAGCGGACUCUGGCGGCGUCCUCCGGGGUGGCCCUUUCCCGCUAGGGCUUAGCUUGCAGCACGGCUUAUCGAGCGCGAACCAGCCUCGUGAGGAACCCGAUAGGAAGGCGAUUAGGGAUGCGUUCUCGUCAGCAGGGAUGUUUACGCCUGGGUUAGAGCACGUUCAGCCGCAUCAAAUUCGUUCUAAUCCUGCUUUCCACAGUCAAGUAAGACAAGGGGGAGUUGCUGUAAUGCCCCAACAACGUCCGAAGGUGCGAGCAAGGCGCGGCCAAGCCACUGACCCUCAUAGCAUUGCCGAGCGGUUACGUAGAGAAAGAAUAGCAGAAAGGAUAAGAGCAUUGCAUGAUUUAGUGCCCAACAUUAACAAGACAGAUAGAGCGGCCAUGCUCGAUGAGAUUUUAGAUUAUGUGAAGUUCUUGAGACUGCAAGUGAAGGUUCUGAGCAUGAGCAGGCUUGGUGGUGCCGGCGCUGUGGCUCAGCUGAUAGCUGAAAUUCCACUAUUGGUCGAGGGAGAGGCAGUGUGGGAGAAGUGUUCGACUGACGGCACCGAGCGACAAGUAGCAAAACUGAUGCAGGAAGACAUUGGAGCUGCAAUGCAGCUCCUCCAGUCGAAGUCCCUCUGCAUGAUGCCGAUAUCACUCGCCAUGGCGAUGUGCGACACGCACCAGCCUGAAGCCCAGAUGCUCAAACCCAAACCCAACUCUCCUUCCUAGUCCAAUGUAAGUCAGUCGUGACAUAUACUGUUUCGACCACACAAGAACACCAAUCAUGGCCUCAUUUAUCUUCUUAUCCUUUUUUGUCAAAGUCGUAUGAUGCAAGAGCAAGGUAGAAAACAUUCUGAUUUGCGAAUCUUCGGAUGUGGUUUCGAGUGCUCUUGGCGUGUGGGGGACUACUGCUUUUUGCUGUAGUGGGCGGUGGGGUUGAUUCUAAAAGGUGAAACUGAUGAUUAAAUUAACAAGUUGCUUCUUGGAAAUUAAAAAGUUGAAUGGUUGUCGAUGA